AUGUCAAUCGGGCACUUGAUCGUUAAACCAGCUACCAAGUCUCAAGCUCGUCAAGUUAUAAUACGAAAUGCUGGCCAUUGGGGUGCCAAGGUUCAAAUGUCUGUCGACGACUUUGUCAAACUUUCCCAGGUUUUCCAGCAAGGACCGUACGCAAGCGACGGAAAGCUGACAAUCUGGGUUCUCGUUCCUGAAGACGAUCCCGACACAAUUGAUUUUUAUGCAUCCUGCCAAAUCCUUACUCGUCAAGUCUUGACUCUACGAACUGGUCAAUCAUCUCCGGAACUCAGCUUUGGUCACGCCGUCAGCUCUGUAUUGGUGCUCCCUGAGUAUCGCGGAAAAGGAUAUGCCGGCCGUUUCAUGUCGCUUCUUCAUUCGGCCUUGGCACCACACCGAUAUCCUAAUCCUCUCAAAGUCCCCGUUGCCACUGAACGUGCUAGCACGGUCAGGGAGACAGGAUGGACCCUUCAAAAGUCAUUCGUCACGACCUGGCCAGUAUCUGCUAUCCAAGUCCCUGCACCGAAAGGAAACUUCCCGCCUGUCGAGUUCUUGUCGGAAUCCGAAGUCACUGCGACCCUAGACUCGGACGAUUCCAACAUCGCCGGCGACCUGAUCGAGCUUCAGAAGAAAGAUCCCACAAAGACCUACUUUGCAUUCACGACCACAUCUUCCUUGAACGCGGUAUCCGCCACAAUAAGCAAACUUUCUCCAGGGUGCCCAUCCAAUUCUUCAUGGGGCGCCAAAAUUCCUGGAACAAGCGACUUUAUGACUUGGGCUUUCUUCCGUCGUCCGGGCCUCACACUUGCCAUCACCCGCCUUCGGGCAAGCACAGAUUCGUUUCCGGUGUUAUUGGACGCGGCACUCCGGACCGCUCAAGAGACAAAAUCCGAGUAUAUUGAAAUAUGGAACGUGCCUGAGCAUUUGAAGGAAAUGGCUCUGGCGACUGGUGGAGAAACGAUCGAGCGACCGGAUAACCGCUCGGCGUUCAAAUGGUACGGUCAACCAUCCGAGGCGAAACUGGACAACACCGACGUGGUUUGGGCCUUGGAUGAAAGGUAUGGCUGGUGUUGA